AAGAGUGAGAAAGAUAUAACGAGAAUCCGCCAUACUGAAAAAGACAGAAAAUAAAUAUUGAGUCAGAGCGAGAGAAUAAAAUACAAGAACCGCAAGAACAGCAGAAGUUAGAAGGGAAAGACUGGGAAAGACAGAGAGCAGGAGAACAACUGCUUCUGCUAAUCAUCGUUGUAGCAAAUUAUCCGAUAUUUCACAACACUGAUUACAACCAACGUUUCAUGAUGCCUAACAUCAAAUUACAAAGUUCCGAUGGUGAAGUUUUUGAAGUAGAUGUUGAUAUUGCAAAAUGUUCAGUUACCAUAAAAACUAUGUUGGAAGAUCUGGGAAUGGACGAAGAUGAAGAAGAAAUUGUUCCUCUUCCAAAUGUUAAUUCUGCCAUUCUUAGGAAAGUAAUACAGUGGGCAACUUAUCAUAAAGACGAUCCACCUCCACCAGAGGAUGACGAAAAUAAAGAAAAGCGUACUGAUGAUAUAAGCUCAUGGGAUGCAGAUUUUCUGAAAGUUGAUCAAGGAACUUUGUUUGAAUUAAUUUUGGCAGCUAAUUAUCUUGACAUUAAGGGUCUUUUAGAUGUAACAUGCAAAACUGUUGCUAAUAUGAUAAAAGGUAAAACACCUGAUGAAAUCCGGAAAACAUUCAACAUUAAGAAUGACUUCACGGCAUCAGAGGAGGAACAAGUUCGCAAAGAAAAUGAAUGGUGUGAAGAAAAGUAGAGAUUAAUGUUCACGAAUAUUCAAUAUUUUGAUUUAUUAUAUUAAACAUCCAGUUAUAACGAUUUAAAAUUGAACAGAUGAUGCACCUAAUGUAUUAUGUUAAAGGAUAUUUUAAAUAAUAGUCUCAUUAUUUUCACUAAAUGCACCAAAUACUUGCUAACUAACAUGAAUAGAUUAGUAUUUUAAAAAUAUCAAAAACCACAUUUAUGUGUGAGUGGUAUGUUAAUCUUAAAUUUUUUGUAUAACAUUAAAUAGUACUAUUUAUCGUGUGUAGUAGGAAUUACAGAGCAAUUCACAUUACUGUAACAUUGUUACCUUUGCUUAGUGGUAUAUAAGAUCUGCAAAUUCUGUUUUGUCUGUAUAGAAUAUAUGUUCAAUUUCUA